CUCACCACACAUAGUUUUUCGCGGUCGGACGGCUGUCAGCGCACAGAAGAUGGUGGCGGCUGCGGGCACUGCGCUGUCCACCGCACCUGGAUGGCGCAAAGAGCGUCUCAUUCGGGCGCACAAGCUGCCGCGGUGCGCCGAUAAGGAGACAGGACAAUCUCACUGAGGGGAGAAUCAGGAAAACUGGACGAUGCAACAGCCCUGAUCCAUCAUCAUCAUUUUCUUGGAUUCAUGUGGAGGCGUUUGGAGACAUUUUGCGCAUUUCACUCAGUUCCGAUGGAACCGGCUGGGUGAAGGCUGCGCCGUGGUGACCCACGGGACCGUGGCGAGGGGGGCGUAUAGCGGAGGUGGAGUCCUUCCAAUUACACCGACUCUCUCCGGGCUUUAGUCGCCUGCCAUUCAGGGGGAAACUGAGGUGCCGUGGGCAAACUUUACUUGAGCGCACGGGAAUGAUUGGACGAUACCUCACCCAGUCUGCUCAAGGUUGUGUUUGCUCCACAACUGUCCGACGGAGAGUGAACCUUCAGCCGGGGACCCGUGUGAUUUAAAUAUCGGGACAGUCUGGUAAUUGUCUUUCUGGGGUUGAAUUGGCGACAUGUGUGGAUAGAAUGCAAUGCUGAUGCAACACUGAAGCGAAACGGAUUGGUGCAUGUCUCCUUUGGAGCGUGUUUACGCGCGUGUAACCCUCAGUGUAACGCUCCCGCAAUAUAAACAGUCUCUCGUCGGUUGCGUGUGUCUCCCGCAGAUUCGCUGCGUUGCGGUGAAGACUCCGGAGCUGCCGAUUAGGCCCCGCAACGAGGAGCAUGUGGGUAUAAAUAAAGGCUAUGGCGGCGGCUCCUCCGUUCGUGUGUUUAAAGUUAGAAACGGACCUUGCUGAAUAGCUCUCGCUUAUUCGAAGUCGCCGGACGAAAAGAGUUCAGUUUAGCCCUUUAAACAAGAUGCGGAUUGGAAAGUGAAUGAACGAUAAGGGACAAGGCGUGCACCAGUAGCCAACCUACCACCACUUCAAACUGGACUCACGUAUGGUUUCCCUUCACAUUUUCCCUUCACUCGCCCGGUUUUGGAGUCCAAUCAUCCUUUUCCGAAGUUCUUUUCCAGUGAGUGGAGCGGUUCAGUGCGGGCAGCUGAUUGGAGAUGGACUGAAACUGCAGAACCUCGCAGCCUCGAGUGCGUCAAAACAGACGGGGACGUAGAGGAAUGCAGGCAUUGACGUCAGGAGGGGCAGUAAUGAACUCCUCCGAAUCUGUGGAAGGUCUGCCAGAGUUUCACAGCCGCGAAGCAUUCACACUCACUGGACCUUUCUCUGACGAACUUCGUUGUUUGGGUUCUCCUCUCGCGCCAGUGUAGUGUUUGGUUUUGGACAGAAUAGAAAGCAACAUGGCAUCGCCCCAACAUCAACAGCUCUUGCCUCACAGCACAGAAGUCAGCUGCGACUCAAGUGGCGAUGGAGGCGCCUCGGUGAGAAUUGCCAGCGGCGUCAAGCACAAGCACGGAGGCGGGCCGCUGGGCGCCAUCGGCGGCGGCGUCAUCGGGGGCUCCAAGCGCUGCAAGUACAGCAUCUCCUCCAGCUGCAGCUCGGGCGAGUCGGGCGUCCGGAGGCCGGCGGUCAAGAGCUUCCGCUCGCACAGGAGGAUGCCGCAGCUCUUCGAGAGGUCCGCGGGUCAUUUCUGGGACCCGAAGUUCGACUCGUCGAUCCUGGAGGAGGCCUGCAGGGAGCGGUGCUUCCCUCAGACCCAGCGGCGCUUCCGCUACGUGCUCUUCUACCUGAUUGCCGCUGGCCUCCUCUGGGGGCUGUACUUCGCCGCCAACCCUUCCCGCUGCGACAGGACAGUGUUCCUCAUUCCCACGGCUUCCUUCCUCCUCUUCUGCCUCCUGCUCUUCCUCCUGACGUUCACCAAGCUCUACGCCUACUGCUACAACCAGGCGUCUCUGCUGCUCAUUGCCGUGACCUUCAGCCUCACUCUGGCCCCUCAGAUCCAGACAUGCGCCUACAUGGACCCAGAGGCUCCUACACCGGAGCUUGAACUGGAUGAUUUCAGUGGGAUGGGUCCCACCUACAAUCUGUCCCUUGAAAAGCUUGUGAGCGGAAGCACACGGACCCCUUGUCUUUCUCCUGUGGGGAUGUUCUCUCUCUGUAUCGAGGUUCUUCUGUUGCUCUACAGCGUUUUACACGUUCGCCUCUACGCUUCUGUCAUACUUGGGCUCCUCUACUCUGUCUUUUUCGAGUGCUUGGGCUGGUGGCACCUGAUCCGGGACGGGCAGAGCUCGAGCGCGGCCUCCCAGUCCGACUGGGACAUGCUAACCUGGCUGGGCCCGGCCAAGGCGCUGCUCCACCUCUGCGCCCACGCCAUCGGCAUCCACCUGUUCAUCAUGUCGGAGGUGCGUUCGCGGAGCACCUUCCUUAAAGUGGGGCAGGCCAUCAUGCACGGCAAGGAUCUGGAGGUGGAGAAGGCCCUGAAGGAGCGAAUGAUCCACUCGGUCAUGCCCAGGAUCGUGGCGGAUGAGCUGAUGAAGCAGGGCGACGAGGAGCUGGGCGAUCAUUCUGUGAAGCGGUACUCCACCAGCGGUGCCGCCGCCGCCAUCUCCAGCCCGAAAAACAACAAGCGCAAGAAGACCUCCAUCCCCCGUGGCCAGAUCAUCUUCAGGCCCUUCAACAUGAAGCGGAUGGAGCCCGUCAGCAUCCUCUUCGCCGACAUUGUGGGCUUCACCAAAAUGUCCGCCAACAAGUCCGCCCACGCCCUCGUGGGGCUCCUGAACGACUUGUUCGGACGCUUCGAUAGACUGUGCGAGCUCACGGGGUGCGAGAAGAUCAGCACCUUAGGGGACUGUUACUACUGCGUGGCUGGCUGCCCUGAGCCCAGGCCCGACCACGCCUACUGCUGCGUGGAGAUGGGCCUCGGCAUGAUCCAGGCCAUUGAGCAGUUCUGCCAGGAGAAGCGGGAGAUGGUGAACAUGCGCGUGGGCGUCCACACCGGCACGGUGCUGUGCGGGAUCCUGGGCAUGAAGCGCUUCAAGUUCGACGUGUGGUCCAACGACGUCAACCUGGCCAACCUGAUGGAGCAGCUGGGCGUGGCCGGGAAGGUGCACCUGUCGCAGGCCACCGCCAACUUCCUGGACGGCCGCUACCAGCACGAGGACGGGCAGGUCAACGAGAGGAUAGGGCCCAGCGUGGUGGCCGACCAGCUCAAAGGCAUGAAGACUUAUCUGAUCUCUGCCAGGAAGCUGGAGCCGCGCUCUCACUGUAGCUGCACUCAGCUGGUGCUGUCUGGACCGGAGCCUCCGGAUCCCCGGUACCCCGUGCCCAGGGUGCACACACCUGACGGAGCCCCUUCGGCCUGCAUCUUGGCUCCCGACCAAGCUAUGUCUCCCUGUCUGUCAUGCAGCGUAGUCCUGAUACCAGGGGAGAAUCAAGUUCAGGAGGAGGAAGCGGUGCACAAUGGCUGCCAUGACAACCACAAGAACAACAGCAACAAGGACUCUUCAAGCCUGAAACGUUCCCCGGCGGUUUCUGCGGGACGCGGCCCGAAGGCCCUGAACGGCCUGCUCAGCCCGCAGCUGGAAGCGCUGAACAACAGCCAGACGUCCCUGUGCGAGAUGCUGCAGGAGAAGGAGAAGAAGACGUGGAGCGGCGGAGCCAUGAGCAUGGACCACUCGGCCCUGAUCCCGCUGCGCUCCAAGAACUUCAGGGAGAGGAGCGACGCGCACUUUGUGGAUGUGAUCAAAGAGGACAGCCUUAUGAAGGAUUAUUUCUACAAGCCUCCUAUAAACCAGCUGAGUCUCACCUUUCCAGAGAGAAGCCUGGAGUCUGCUUACCGGACCAGCUACCAGGAGGAGGUGGAGUCCCAGGUGGCAGUGCAGACGUUCGCCAGCCCCACGUUUAGCUCCUUCUUGGACAUGCUGCUGUGCUCCUCCGUCUUCCUGGCCCUUUCCCUCGCCUGCUUCCUCCGACCUCUCGUCACGCAGCAGACUCCGUCCACUCCGGCGCUCGUCGUCACGUCGGCGGCCGCCCUGAUCGAGGCUCUGGCUCUGCUGUUCGCUACGCGCAUGGCCUUCUACCUGGAUGGUGCACUGACCUGUACCCGGGUGCUGAUGAGAGCGAUCGCAGGCUGGAUACCUCGUCACUUCAUAGGAGCGCUCCUGGUGUCCUUGCCUGCUGCUGCUGUCUUCGCCCAUGUCUCCUGUGACAUGCAUUUGUCCUUCCAGUUUACCAUGUUCCUCUGCUGUGCUGUCAUCAUCACCAUCAUUCAGUACUGCAACUUCUGCCAGCUCAGCUACUGGAUGCGCUCGACUGUGGCGACGCUGGUGGGGCUGGCGCUACUUGUCUUGCUGUUCAGCUCCCCCUGCAGUGUUGCUAAGAGUCUGUUCUUCUGGCCUGUUGGGCAGAAUAUCAGCAACGGCUCCGCCAUCGCGUCUGACGGGCCAGCAGAAUCAGACCCACAACCCCACCCACGAGACCUGCUGGGCCCCGAGGUCUGCGUGGCCUUUUUCCUGCUCCUGCUCCUGGUGUGGUUCCUCAACCGCGAGUUCGAGGUCAGUUACCGACUGCAUUACCACGGCAACGUGGAGGCGGAUCAACACCGAAUCAAGAUCCAGAACAUGAGGGACCAGGCCGACUGGCUGCUUCGCAACAUCAUCCCCAUCCACGUGGCGGAGCAGCUGAAGGUCACGCAGAGCUACUCCAAGAACCACGACAACGUGGGCGUAAUAUUUGCCAGUAUUGUGAACUUCAGUGAGUUUUACGAGGAAAGCUACGAGGGGGGCAAGGAGUGCUACCGGGUUCUCAAUGAGCUGAUCGGCGACUUCGACGAGCUGUUGCGGAAACCGAGUUUUGCGAACAUCGAGAAGAUCAAGACCAUCGGGGCCACGUACAUGGCGGCAGCAGGCCUCAACGCGCAGCAGUGUGCGGACGCGGCGCACCCCCACGCCCACCUCCGCGCCCUCUUCGAGUUCUCGCUGGAGAUGAUGCGCGUGGUGGACGACUUCAACAAGAACAUGCUGGGCUUCGGCUUCAAGCUCCGCAUCGGCUUCAACCACGGGCCCCUGACGGCAGGCGUGAUCGGCACCACCAAGCUCCUCUACGACAUCUGGGGCGACACGGUCAACAUCGCCAGUCGCAUGGACACGACGGGCGUGGAGUGCCGCGUGCAGGUCAGCGAGGAGAGCUACUGCGUGCUCAGCGGCAUGGAUUACGAGUUCGAUUACCGCGGCACGGUCAAUGUCAAGGGCAAGGGGCAGAUGAAGACCUUCCUGUACCCCAAGAGCAGCGACAGCGGCCCUGUGCCCCAGUACCAGCUUUCCGUUUCGCCGGAGAUCCGUGCACAAGUGGACGGCAGCAUCGGACGCUCCCCCACUGAUGAGAUUGCCAGCAUGGUGCCCACAACCAGCGCCACCACCAGGAACACCAGCACCAUAGUAGCCAGUGCCAGCGCUGGGUCCUCGGCCGCAGGGCUUCAUGACAAAGGGGCGGGCAGCCGGGAGAGACGCCCCUCUGCAGACGCCCACGCCAGACGGUCGGUGUCUCACAGUGGCCUGACGUGUAUACCCGUCACCCACCUAGAGGGGCCGACCGCUCAGCAGCUCAACGUGUCGGCCCAGCAAGCGGUCAAAGACGCCAGGAAAACCAGUCAUGACGGCAAUGCUGGGGAAUUAACCAGACUUUAAGAUAAUCGCUACGGUGGAACUUAUCCUUAACCUUUUACCCUUUAAUCUGUUGCUCCUGCCUGUUUUGUAGAAUGUCUGCAUCCACACUGCAGGUUUUUGAUAGGCUGAUAUCAUCAGUAGAGCACCAUCAGGCAGGAACACAUGGAGGAUAUGGGAGAUGACACCGAAUCUUCACUUGCCUGCUAUCGACCUACUUGAUUCUCUUUGAACCUUUAAUAUUCCGUCUAUAAUUACUUUCAUGCAAUUUAAGUGCCUAUAGGGUAGAAACAUGUAGACUAAGCCUUUCUAAGGGAAGAACAACAAAAGUAGAAACGUGUAAAUUGUUUCGGAAUUUCUUUACAUUCUUACACUUUUACUUCAUAAACAUUUUGCUAUAAUAUUUUGCCUUUUAAAUUUAAAGGAGAACUCAAGGCGAGAUCAACAUAAAAUGUGCUACGAUAUGAGAAGCGUCACAUUAUCUGUCAAAAGAAGGAAAAUUACAUGUUGCACCAAAAUACCAAAACUGCACUAAAAUUGCUUCACGAAAGUCACAACUGAGACUAAUGGGCACAUGCUGAGGGCAUAUGGUUCUGGGCUUAUUUGCAUGCGUGUGUGUGUGUGUGUGUGUGUGUGUGUGUGUGUGUGUGUGUGUGUGUGUGUGUGUGUGUGUUUGUUUGUAUGUAUGCGUCUGUACAGUAACAUGAUCGUACAAGGUUUGACGAGGAGAGAUGCCUGUUAGUGGCUCGACUGAGUUGAUGAAACUGCAGGAUGACAGACAUUUAAGGAACGUGGUCGGGGUGGAAAUAAAGUCUUCUCGCUGAUGCCGCAGUUUUUUCUCCGGCCCACUUAAGGUCCUUGUAUUGCCUUAGUACUGAGGCCUGAUGGUCUCAGCUACACUUAAUCAGCAUGCUUGCAACAACAGCACCGUAGAUGAGGCUGACUGUCACUACUUUUUGUGUUCUCCCAUGUGAUCCAGGUGCCUGUGAAACUCAAGCUGUGUUUAGUGAGGAAACGUGUUUGAAUGGAUCCUACAGGACACUGCUGUGCCUGCGAGUGUCUUUAGUCCUGACUUUAGAUGGAUUAGAGCAAACCGCUGCCUUUGGUUUGCUAUGGGUUACACUGUGUGUUAGUUAAUAGUGCUAUUAAGACAUGGAUAAUCAAAGUGGAAUGUCACAAAUCAAAAACUGAUGUGUUUAAUGUAUUUAUUGUAACUCAAACUUCAGCUCUGUUCAAUAGCUGCUUCUUGUCAGUAGAAUUGUUGCUUUUGCCUUCAUUGGUUUCAUGCACUUCUAACAGAUCUUUGGGAAAUCAAAUGUAUUGAACUUUAUUAUACUUUGUUUUGCAUUUCCCCUCUCUUCCUGUUUCUAGCAAAAAGGAUUGUGUGCUCAGAUGCAAAAGGGUAAAACCAUGAAAUUCUCUGUCGUAUUGUUGACAUUUAAAUAUUGUGGACAGCAGAUUAACAACCCCAUACAUUUAUCAUUUCAUGUCUGCUUUAGGUAGAGAAGCAAAAACAUUGGCACAAACAGACAAUUUGCCUUUUUUCAUCAUACAAUAUAUUCAUUUCAGUUAAAUUAGUUUUUCUAUUUGUAAAAUGCAUGUAGCUUGUGCCUUUUGACUUUUACGUUGAUUCCCCCUGCCAAUGUUUCUUCUUUAGUUUUGAGGGUGAUACAAUUUAAGCAGUGCCUUUUCCUUAUAUUAAAAGGAAAUGUACACAUACUAGUCAUUCAAAAUUAUUUGGCCUAAUUGCAUUUUUUGGAUUUCAUUAUUGUUUUGCUUGGCCCCUCUAUUUCUACUGUACUUAUUGUUCAAAUGGAGUGAGAGUCAUUGUUCUAAAUGCAAUAAUAGGAGUUAAAAGGGAAAAAGAAAACUAACUUAUUUUUGCUGAUGAGCACACAACCCUGUACCAGGCCAAAAUGUAUUACGUGUUAUAUUACAAUAAAGGAAUGCUCAGAGUAAUUAUCCAGUAGUGUGUGUUCAAUAGAAGUCAUACGUUUACAGUUUAAAUAUUUUAGUUACAUUUCCCGUGUUUUUUAAUCUUUAUAAGCUCUUUUGAAUAUGGUUUUUAUGAAGUUUGAAUAUUUCGUUGUCAAUCAGCAGAAUAUUUGCAAACUCUGACACAAAAGGGUCACAUUCCUUAUUUAGUCACUUUUUUCUUUUGUGACAAAAAAUAGCUUUUUUUGAAUUUGUUGAAAAGGGAAUUUUUUAAUACCAAAGAGUGUUACUACUAUCUGACCAUCAAAUUAACUUUUUGUAUGCUAUGUCCUUUCAUUAAUUUGCAAGUUAGGCACAUUCAAGAAAAGCAAUUUAGCUUAAAUAGUCACAGUUAAAACACACAAGGCACCCAUUUUUUGUGCAGGAUGCCCUUAUAAUGUAUAGUGUUGGAGCAUUUUCUAUUAUUUAUAUAGAUGCAUGUACUACAGUGUUGAAUCGCAUAAAGAAUUGGGUACUUUUAACUAUGUUGGAACAAAGAUUUCUGCUUGUCUGCAUGUAUGUAAAAAAAACUUGAGUGUUUGUAUAACGUGGGAUUGUGUGGUUUGGAAAGGAUUGCAGUGUGGAUGUUUGAAAUAACAUUAUUAUCUCAGAAACUAUGAAGUGUUAGGUCAGUAUGUCUUCAAUUUAGACACUAUCAAACUGGCUAUAAACUGCGUAAGACAAGACUUGAUAGAUGCCAGGAGGUAUGAAGUACAGUAUGUAGAGUUAGUAGGAUUGUUGCUUUUUCAGAAAGGUUUUGUAUAUAUUAAUUAAUUAAUAGGCUGCGUAUGAAGGUUUAAAUUGAAUAAAGUCAGUUGCAAAUGUU